AUGGAACAGCAGUUAUUUAUUAAGCUUUCCCAGCCACCAGUCAUUAUCUGCCGGUCCUGCCGCCAUGGGGUGUGGCUAGCUGAGGUAGAAAGCCAUCUCCGGGGGAAGGCCCAUCGAUUACCCCAGGCCACUGCAAAGCAGAUCCAUCAGGACGUCCAGAGCUGGGAGGGUGUGGAGCAUGACCCCCAUGCUGUGCAAUGGCCUAGUCGGAUUACCCAGUCAAUCCCCCACCUGGAUGAAUACCCUGAUGGGUUACUGUGCCAGCGCGACCAGGCCAGAUGCCAAUUCAUCACUCGUUCACUUGACACGUUAAAACGACAUUGGCGUGAGCACCAUGGAUGGACCGCACCAUAUCAUGGAGGUCGAUCACGCCUGCAAGAGCAGGAACAGGCGCAGAUCACCAUCCAGCAGGGAUAUCAGGUGGUGACCUGCCAGCGGUUUUUCCCAUCCCGAAAAGGGUCCCAUUAUAUCUGGGUGCCAUGCCCCCACCAGCAGCCUGAGGAGCAAGCCCGGACCGCACCCACUGCCACAUCCAGGGCCACCGUUGAUGCCGUGAUCCAGGCAUGGGAGCAGGUCCAGGCCCAGGCCAAGGCCGAUCAGGCCAUCCAAGCCAGCCAGUUGACUGACGCGAACCCCUGGCUGCGGAUGACUCGGUGGGCUGACUACCUGCAGGGCAUCCAGGCACGUGACCUGCUUGCUAGCAUGGCAGCCCCGGAGGAAGACCCCAUGGAUGCCACUGAGCAGGGGGUGCAGGUGAUCUGGGAUACUAUGGAGCAGGUGGCCCGCAAGAGCCAGCGGACGGUCCAGCAUUGCGGCCAGGCCAUCCGGGUGGAAGCCGUCCGGUCUGAAAAGGGGCAGACCCCGCACCGGCCACUGCUGGCAUAUAUAGAUGAGGCCGUGAUCAAGAAGCAUGUGCAGCCAUGGCAGCAGAUAUUAGCAUUUAUUGCCCGGACCCAGGCCCCGCAUGACUGGGCCAGCCCCCGAUAUGGGAUGACCGCACGGCAGCGCCAGAAAUGGCGGCAGCUAUGGCAGCUCGCUAGCCAGGCCCCAGGCAGCCAGGGCAGCCAGGCCGCAGUGCCAGGGGACCUAGAGGCAUGGGCCAUGACUGCUAUAGAAAAAGCAUGCUUAGAAUUUUGCAUUGAGCUGCUCAACCAGCGCCAUCGCAGCCAUGAAUAUGAGAGUGCAUUAGUAUGCGCCAUGGCUGUGCUGGGCCAGGGUGAGGCCGGCUGGCGCGACCCCGAGAGCUACCCCCCGAUAUUAUCCCGCGUGAUCAAGGUGGCCCGAUUCAUGGUGGUGCAGAAGGCAUUAUGGAUGGACCCCAAUCCAUGGCAGAUCAUUCAGACCUGGGCGCGGAAGGACCAGAGCGCAGAAUGGGUGCUGGCCAGCGCGGAUGAUCAACUCGGGGAGAUUGAUGAGGGAUAUGGCAGCGAUGACCCCCCAUCCACCCCAGGGGCCCCAUCAUCGCCCCCGUCAUCCAUCCAUAGUGAUGACCCAUUGCCCGCGGUCCACAUUCGCCCGAGCCGCCGGCCAUUCCAGGAGCAGGUGACAUGGAUGAUGCACCAGUUUAUGAUCCGUGGGACCCACGGCCCCAUGGAGACAUUGUUGGACUGGCGCACAUAUGGAUUAAAGGUCCAUUAUAAUCAUACGGCCCCCGGCCAUGUGACAUGGAUGGGGGAGGACCAACUGUUAUACCAGCAGAUGGCAUUCACCAUGGGGGAUUUUCGGGGGUUCAUCCAUGGGUUAGUCACGGCGGCGCGGGAGAUACUAGGCCAGUUAUGCAUGCAGGACCAUGCGCAGAUGCCCCCCAUUCCAUGGACGGCAUUAUAUGACGAUCCCAGCCAGAGCCAGGCUGGGUGGAACUUUUUGCACGACGCACGGACCCAGUGGCCGGUGGAUGGGACCCACUGGAUGAUCGACCGGCUGCGGGCCGAGCCGGCCAUGCAGCGGCAUUUCCUGCGGGGGGGCCGAUUCCACCCUGGUGCCAUCCAGCAGUAUUGGCAGCGCGUGGCCCAGUUUAAGGAGAAAUUAGCCGUUAUGGUGCAUGUGACAGCAGGGCAGCCGGCCCGGGCCCCAGAGCUAUUAAGCAUUCAGCAUUGCAACACUGCGAAUAGUCAACAGCGGAAUAUAUAUAUUGAGGAUGGCAUGGUGACGUUUGUGACGGCAUAUCAUAAGGGGUUCCAUGCUAGUAAUGAUGUGAAGAUCAUCCAUCGAUAUGUGCCGCGGGAGGUCGGGGAGUUGGUGGUAUGGUAUAUCUGGCUGGUGAUGCCAUUUGUCGACCAGUUGGCUGCAUGGCAGGCCGCGCAGGUCCCGCAGGGGAGCCAGGCCGCGCAGGGUAACCAGACCGCGCAGGGAAGCCGGGCUACACAGGGAAGCCAGGCCGCGCAGGGUAGCCAGACUGCGCAGGGAAGCCAGACCGCGCAGGGAAGCCAGGCCACGCAGGGAAGCCGGGCUACACAGGGGAGCCAGACCGCGCAGGGGAGCCAGACCGCGCAGGGAAGCCAGGCCGCGCAGGGGAGCCAUGGAGCACAAGGCAGCCAGACCACGCAGGGGAGCCAGGCCGCGCAGGGAAGCCAGACCGCGCGGUGGAGCCAGGCCGCGCAGGGGAGCCAUGGAGCACAAGGCAGCCAGGCCGCACAGGGGAGCCAGGCCGCGCAGGGAAGCCGGGCCGCGCAGGGAAGCCAUGGAGCACAAGGCAGCCAGGCAUGGUUAUGGGGCCCCGACCCCA